AAGAGGAGCAGGGGGACGAAGACACGGAGGAUGAGCAUCGAGGAGAAAAAUUCGAGGAGAAAAUUGAUAGAAACGGGGGCCACGAAGGCUUGCCGGUCGAGCGAAGUCGUGCAUUAACAAUAUGGACACCGAUAUAUCGAGAACAGACGCGCCAACACGAAUUGUCAGAUAUUCGCAGAGCAUGAAGAGGAGAAGAUUCGCCUGACUUCUUAGAUACGUUCGGUGCCAGUUUGGAGAAUGGAGGAGUCCUCACCAAGGAUUCGUCCCUAUCUGGAUUGCUGGGACCAGAACGAAGACAAGUACUCGGUGGCGAACAGCCAAGCGCCGUUGCAGGCCGGCGAGGACGAACAUCCGGAACGUGGUACAUGGACGGGGAAAUUCGACUUCCUGUUGUCUCUUUUGGGAUACAGCGUCGGCCUUGGCAAUGUAUGGCGGUUCCCGUAUCUCUGCUACUCAAAUGGAGGGGGCGCUUUUCUAAUACCGUUCACAGUGAUGCUCAUUAUCGCGGGACUGCCUCUAAUGUUCAUGGAGCUUUCCUUAGGGCAGUACGCGAGCCUUGGCCCAGUGGCAGCUUACAAACGCUUCUGCCCCCUCCUGCGCGGCUUGGGAUACGGAAUGGUGUUGGUCAGUUCUGUGGUGAUGCUCUAUUACAACUUGAUCAUCGCCUGGACUCUUUAUUACAUAUUCGUCUCCGUGGCCGGAGCUGGUAAACUGCCAUGGAGCAAGUGCGAACCGGCAUGGAGUACCGAAGACUGCUUCAUGCCAGAAGCUGCCGAGGCGUGCGUGUCUCAAAACAUGAGCUAUUUCAAAGAAUGCUUAAAUUCCACCCAGAUGGCCUCCAUGGGCCUGACUCUCGAAAAUAUCACUAGUGCCAUUAGAAGACCACCGGCCGAGGAAUAUUUUAACAAUCACGUGUUGGGGAUGAGUAGCGGUAUAGAGGAGACAGGAGCCAUUCGACCCUCGAUGGCGGUGAAUCUUUUGCUAGCUUGGAUCAUUGUCUUCCUUUGCCUGAGCAAAGGUGUUCAAAGCUCGGGAAAGGUUGUCUAUUUCACUGCUCUCUUCCCAUACGUUGUUCUGAUCGCUCUUUUCAUCCGUGGAAUUUUGCUCCCUGGCGCGAACGAGGGCAUUCUCUUCUACUUGACGCCCGAUUGGAAAAGGCUGAUGUCCGCGAAAGUGUGGGGCGACGCCGCUGUGCAGAUAUUCUUCGCCUUGAGCCCCGCUUGGGGCGGUCUGAUAACGCUCAGCUCGUACAACAAGUUCACCAACAAUUGCUACAAGGAUUCGUUAAUCGUCGCCGUCAGCAACAUCGGCACGUCCUUCUUCGCCGGCUUCGUCAUUUUCUCUGUGAUCGGUUUCCUGGCUCACGAGCUUGCGGUUCCGGUCGCGUCUGUGGUCGACCAGGGUGCCGGGUUGGCGUUCAUAGUGUAUCCCGAGGUAGUAGCACGUUUACCAGUCGCACCAGUUUGGUCGCUGCUCUUUUUCGUGAUGCUCCUCACCUUGGGUCUUGACUCUCAGUUCGCUUUGAUGGAAACCGUCACCACAGCGAUUCUCGAUGCCUUUCCAGCAUUAAGAAACUACAAAUUAUGGGUUGUUUUGGCGGCAGCCGUGUUCGGUUACGCUGGUGGAAUUAUUUUUACUACUAAUGCUGGCAUGUAUUGGUUGCAAUUGAUGGACAAAUACGCAGCGAAUUGGUCGGUUUUAUUAAUAGCCAUCGGUGAGUGCAUCUUGGUCGCCUGGAUUUACGGCGCGGAUCGAUUUCUCGACGAUGUACAACAAAUGAUCGGACCCCGUACCCGUCUCUGGAGAUUUUUCUGGACCUGGAUGUGGAAAGUGAUUACACCAGCCACGCUUUUCUUCAUCCUCUUCUUCAACUGGGUCGAAUACGAGCCCCUCAAAUACGGUGUCUACGUUUAUCCAAAAUGGGCGGACAUUGUCGGAUGGGUGGUCGGCAUGAUACCAGUUUUGGUCAUCGUUGGCCUGGCCCUCAACCAAUUGAGGGAUCGUCGCCGGCGUUCCGCCUACGACGACGAGGACGACGACGACGACGACCUGGACAAUAGACCGUCGUACCAGAGGCCUGGCAAAGGUAAAACGAAGAAGAGCAACGGGAAGAACGUGUGGUGGCGCGCCAAGAUGCUUUUACAGCCUACUUCCGAUUGGGGUCCAGCGAGCAGGAAUCCUUCCACUCCGUCGAGAACGCUCACUCACACGCCGUCACCAGGGCCACCAGGUGGAUACAAUUCCGUGAGAGACACCAUAGUCCUGGUGAACGGUCAACCAAUGAUGGUGCAACCCUCGAGCACAUCCGGCACCGCUCAGAAACUUCCCGGGCCGUCGAUCCUCAAGAAUUCUAGUAAAACCGACUUGAUCACAUCCCAACAAGUCUGACACGACGUUCAUUUUAUCUCGAAAGACGAGUCUGGCCAGACCUCUAUUGCCAAAGACGCAACACGCCAAUAACAGGUAGUUGCGUAUCGCAUCGGAUAGGAUAACACAAUCGAUGGAUCGAUCGGGUGGCGGUCAAACACACGAAGUUGAAUGUUCCAAUA